AUUUUUUUAACCGCUACUAUUUUACCCUUGAACACGGUAGAAUUUACCGUACAAAAAUCAAACUCCUUACGUACGGGCAUAUCUCGAUUAGGCGGCAUAGUGCAUUGUAUGUUUAAUAAGGUGGAGUGUUGAUCGGCAAAUUAAACUUUUGCUCGAAUGAAGACAUCUCAAAGGGGAAGAUAACGAAGAUAAGGCAAUAAAAAUAACACGAGCGAACUUACCGCAUCAGUUUGUCUUGUUCAUAGUCAUCGAUCGUAUCUCGGGUCACUAGUUCUCUUAGAAAAGCACGCCAGCAAGUGGCUAAGUUGUCGAAUUAAGCGGAAUAAAAUGACAUCGUUACAACUGGAUAAUAUCUCGCCUAUGUUCAAUGGUGCCACGUUGAAUGAUAUUAUAAGUGACUAUGGUGGGCACAAUUGCACAUCGUGGCAUUUCGAAGAUAGCAUGCUAGGUAAGGGAGAUUCUUACUUGAGUGAGGUUUAUCGGAUGCGGGUGGUAGAUGAUACCAGCCGGAAGGAUGAUAACAAACCGCUGGAAGUAAAAUUAGUUAUCAAAACUAUACCGAAAAAUGUCGGUAGAAGGAAAACAUUCCGAUCGGCAGACUUUUUCCGUAAUGAAAUCAACUUUUAUAAUGUCGUAAUGAGGGAAUUCUACAAGUUCCAAGAGGAGAAACAGCCGAAGAAUCCAUUCGACGAAAGCAGCAAAUGUUUGGCGGCAUACACGGAUGGAGUUAAUGAUUUCAUUGCUAUGGAAGAUUUAAAUCAGUUUGGAUACGGUUCAGCAAACAGGCAAGAUGGCGUGGGACUACCGGAGUGUAUCCUAUGUAUGCAAACACUUGGACGCUUUCACGCAUUGUCGUUGGCAAUCAAGGAUCAACAACCUGACAAGUUUCACCUGCUAGUGAAAAACAUCGAAGAAACGUACUACGCACGUGUCCAUAAAUCGUGGUACAAUAACUUCCAGAAGACUCAAAUCGACAUUGCGAAAGAUGCUCUCAGCCAAGAGUAUGGCGGAACGGAACUGGAAGCCAAGGUGCACAAGUUUUUGGACGGUGAUUUCUAUGACAAGAUGGUCUAUUUGACGCAUACGCGUAAUCAAAAUUCGGUCAUAAACCAUGGCGACUGUUGGCUUCCGAAUUUCCUAUUUCGUUACGAUGGGAAUGGGUCUCCCGUGUCUGCCAAAAUGAUCGAUUUUCAACUCGCGAGAUAUUCAUCGCCUGCACUGGAUAUUUCCUUCUUCAUUUAUUCUUGUACCACACAAUCGCUGCGGAAUGCGCAUUACGAAGACUUGCUUAAAAGCUACCACGAAAGCUUAUCAGAAAUGCUACGUAACUUAGGAUCAGAUCCUGACGAGCUGUUCUCGUAUGCAGAUCUGCAGAAGGAGCUGCGCGAAUUUGCCCGAUUUGGAGUUGGCAUGGGCAUUGAAUCUGUUCCAUUUUCGUUACUGGACGAGAACGAAGUUGCAGAUCUAGAUCAAAUACAGGGAGAAGAAGCUGUACCGAUAGAAAAUGUAUGGGUUUUGAAAAAGAUUACCUCGAAGGAAGGACGCCGUCGAUUGGCCGACAUGUUCCAGCAUGCUUUCUCGUGUGGAUAUUUGGACUAAACUUUUAUUGUUGUGUUCGUAUGAAAAUGAAUAAAUAAUGAUUGUAG